AUGUGGUCCGAGCUCUUCCUCGUUGAGAAAAAAAUUCCUCCACUUAUUGCCGACGCAAGUACUAACACAGGGCUAUUCAUCAAUACCGCCAAAAUGCAUCUUAUGUACACUCUCAAUGCUGAAGGCAAGCGCGUCUACACCUUGAAGAAGGUCGUGAACGGCGAGGUCACCAAGUCCGCCCACCCCGCUCGCUUCUCCCCCGAUGACAAGUACUCUCGUCACCGUGUCACCCUGAAGAAGCGUUACAACCUUCUCCUCACCCAGCAAGCUAAGGCCCCUGUCAAGGCUUAA